AGGGGAAUGGCUGUGAGAGCCUGUGGCUUGAUCAUCUACAGGAGGCUGCAACCAGCACCGUCCUCUAAGGUCACUGACAGCAUCGAGUACCUCCUGCUUCAGACAUCCUACGGGACCCACCACUGGACCCCACCCAAAGGUGUGAGUGGCCAAACUUUGGAAAGGAUAUUGUGAAUGGCUUCAUGCAGCAUCUUGGACAUCUCCUUCACCAGCUAGAGUACAAGAAUUCAGCAGCAAACUUGCGAACCAGGUGUUGAUGCUGCAAAGGAAUAAUGGACACUGGGAUUACCCACCGCUCGGGAAAAUAUGGAACCUUUCCAAAGGGGGAUGACAAAGAAAGGUACUUGAUGGAAGAUGUCACAUCAGUGAAGCAGAAGCCCUCCAAGGAGCUGAGGCCCAUGUUGGGUGCCAUCUUGCUGGGCCUCAUCCUGUUCAUUGCUGCGGUGGUGGCCUGGUGCUACUACACGGUGUCCCUAAGGAAGGCGGAGCGGCUCAAGACGGAGCUGAUGGACCUGCGGGCAGACGGCUUCGUCAUCCGCAACCAGCACGGGGAGGUGGUGUUUCGGCUGGCCUUCCGCUCGGGCAGCCUGGACCUGGAGUCGUGUUCCAAGGAAGGAGAGAUCCUGAGCUGCUCGCGCUCGAGCCGGGGGCCGCUCAACUUCUUCAUCCAGACGGUGAAGCCCAAGGACACGGUGAUGUGCUACCGCGUGCGCUGGGAGGAGCUGGCGGCUGGCCCGGCUGUGGAGCACACCAUGUUCUGGGAGGACGCCCACUGGUACGGGGGCUCGGAGAUGAGCACCCAGCACUGGCCCAUCCGCCUGGCCGGCUACCAGGAGCCCGUGCCCUACGUGACCAGCGAUGUCUACUCCUUCCGCGACAGCUUUGGCGGCAUCCUUGAGCGCUACUGGCUCUCCUCCAAGGCAGCGGCCAUCAAGAUCAAUGACUCUGUGCCCUUUCACCUGGGCUUCAACGCCACUGAGCGCGCCCUCUUCUUCCAGGCCCGCUACAAGGACUCACCCUACAAGCCCCCACCGGGCCAGCAACCCUUCCCCGAGCUCAGCUACCGUGUCUGCGUGGGCUCUGACGUCACCUCCAUCCACAAGUACAUGGUGCGCAGGUACUUCAACAAGCCCUCCAAGAUCCCUGCUGAGAACGCCUUCCGAUACCCUAUAUGGUCCACAUGGGCCCUCUACAAGAAAGAUAUAAACCAGAAUAAAAUUCUGAAUUUUGCAAGAGACAUUAAGAAGUACAAUUUUAACUGCAGCCAUAUUGAGAUUGAUGACAUGUACACCCAAGCCUAUGGGGACUUUGACUUUGACCCUGUCAAGUUCCCCAAUGUAACAGAGAUGUUUGCAAAGCUGAGGGAAGAUGGGUUUAAGGUCACUCUGUGGACUCAUCCUUUUAUACAUAUAGAUUCACCCAAUUAUGAAGUGGGGAUUGAGCGUCAGCUGUUCAUCAAGGAACCUUCAGGACGGCUGCCAGCCAUGGUGGAGUGGUGGAACGGCAUCGGGGCCAUCCUGGAUUUCACCAACCCAGCAGCCCGCGACUGGUUCCAGAGCCAUCUGCGCCAGCUUCGGCACAAGUACGGCAUCACAUCCUUCAAGUUUGAUGCAGGCGAGACCAGCUACCUGCCCAAGCAGUUCAGCACCUUCCGCCCGCUGUCGGACCCCAGCAUCUGGUCCCGGCGCUACACGGAGAUGGCCAUUCCCUUCUACGAGCUGGCCGAGGUGCGAGUGGGCUACCAGUCACAGAACAUCUCCUGCUUCUUCCGCAUCAUUGACCGCGACUCGGUCUGGGGCUACGAGCUCGGCCUCAAGUCCCUCAUCCCCACUGUCCUCACCAUCAGCAUGCUGGGGUACCCAUUUGUACUGCCAGAUAUGAUUGGAGGAAACUUCCUCCCUAACAAGACGGAGGGCACGGUGGAGAUCCCCGACCGGGAGCUGUACGUGCGCUGGCUGGAGCUGUCGGCCUUCAUGCCUUCCAUGCAGUUCUCCAUCCCGCCCUGGCUGUACGACAAGGAGGUGGUAGAGAUCGCACAGAAGUUCACGGAGCUCCACGAGUCGCUGGUGGCCCCGCUGCUGCUGGAGCUGGCAGGAGAGGUCACCGAUACGGGCGACCCCAUCAUCCGUCCCAUCUGGUGGAUCUCGCCCCGCGACGAGGCCACUCACCGGAUCGACUCCCAGUUCCUCAUUGGGGACACCCUCAUGGUGGCUCCUGUGCUGGAGAUGGGCAAGCAGGAGCGAGAUGUCUACCUGCCAGCGGGCAAGUGGCGCAGCUACAAGGGGGAGCUGUUUGAGAAGACCCCAGUGCUGCUCACCGACUAUCCUGUCGACCUGGACGAAGUUGCCUAUUUCCUCUGGGUUUCCUAACAGGCUCUUCUUCAGCUGUGCGAUGGACUCAAUGAUUACCAAAGGCUUUAAUGACUUGGGAAUUUAAAUAAUUUUUAAU